CAUGUCCAGAGUGUGCUAUAAAUAUAGACCGAGAUUGCACAACCUCGGUGCUGCUUCCACUGCCUGUCCUAUUGCACAAUGCAGAGCUCAGGGCAGGACUUCAGGUACGCCGCCACCUGCCUGCUGCUGCUGCUGCUCUCCAGCGUGGAACCGCGGCCUCACGGAUGGGCUGAGAACAGGCUUCAGCUCGAAACAAUCCAAAGGGGCAUCCUGGAUCGGCUGGGGCUGCAGGAGCCCCCCGUGCUCCGGCAGAGGCUGGACCAGGACGGGGUGAGGAGAGCGCGUCAGCUCUACAGGGAGAAACUCACCCAGCUGUGGGGGAACCGGAGCAGGGAAGAAAGUUGGGCGGCAGCCCCACCCAGGACGCUUCACCUCCUGACUCCAAAGCUGGAGCGCCGGACGGAAGCCUCUGCUGGCAGCUCCUGUUACAAUCUCGUGCUGUCCCGGACCAAGGCCUUCCACCAGGAGCUCAGCGUGAUGAGAGCUGAACUGAGACUCUUCGAGCAAACUCUCAGCACUCAGGAUGUCUCUAGACUCAAUGUCUCCUGGCCAUCUCGAGUAGAGAUCUACCAGCUGCCGGAGCAUGGGCAGCGCAACGGGCAUCCCAAGCUCCUGCAUUCCUAUACCCUCGAUUCCAAGACCCUGAGCCUCGACCUGGGGGCUGCUGUCCGGCACUGGGCAGUGAGCACGGAGCAAAGGCUCCAUCUGCAGCUGGUAUUCGCCGCAGAUAUUUCUGCCUUUCUGGCCACCAAGCGAACCAGCCAUGGGGCUGAGACGCUGAACCUAGAGGUGGAAACCCAGGGGCACUUGGGCCCCAGGCCGAGGAAAGCCAGGGCGCUAGAGGAGGAAUGCAGAAAGAGCGAUGGGAAAUGUUGCCUCAAGUCCCUCAAAGUGUCUUUCCAAGACAUCGGCUGGUCCAACUGGGUGAUCGCCCCGAACAGCUACUACAUGAAGUUCUGUGAAGGGUCUUGCCCUCACAACUACAAGCCAGCCAGCAUGCACACCCAGAUCAAAGCCCGAAUGCACACUCUGUCCAAAGAGACGCCUGCCCCCUGCUGCGUACCCGCUGGCUACGACCCCAUGGUGCUCAUGCACUAUGACAGCGACGGGAGACUCGUCUCCACGCUCUUCGAGGACAUGAUCGUCACCGCGUGCCACUGUGCCUGAGGGCACACGCAUCCCCCGGAGCCGCUGGGAGAGGAAGCGACCCUGAGCCAUCCAGCCGCCGAGAUGAGCCCCCUUGCCAGACGCUGCUGGCCCAGCUAGUCCCAUGGCAGAGCUGAGAGAGGCAAACACAGUCAGUGGCUCUUAAAGACCUCCCGUCUGAUGCAAACUUCCCCUGGGUGCAAUGGCAUGGGCGUGUUUACAGUCAUACCCCGGCAGUCAAGGCCCACUGCAUUGACCCACGCCCUUCCAGUGUCUAGUUCAGUUACCAGAAAACAGGCCUGUUCUCUUCUCCUCUCCCCUGCAUCCUGCUCCGCUUGGAACCGGCUGGAUGUGGCUCAGGGAACACUAGUGUGGCCAGAGUCCCUGCAGCCUUGUCGGGUGCAGCACAGUCACCGAGGGCAGGGCCCACCAGUCUGGGCAGGGUCCUGUUCCAGCUACACCAUGGUCACUUAGCCCCCUCCCACUUAUUGCCUGGGGAGGUGGGUCCUUCCUCCCGUAGAAGGAUAAACCCCUGAGGCAGGUUUCAGCAGGGCUGCUCCCUGGGGGCUCAUGCCACCUAAGAGUCUGAGCAAAAUGUGCACUUUAGUAGGGAUUUAUUUAUACACCCCUCUUAUUUAUUGCUAACUUAUUGGGGUUAGUGCUAUGGCAGGGUCCUGGUUUUGUAUAUUUAUAAGAAGACACUGUUG